AGUUGAACCGGUACUCCUGCGCCUUUUGACUCUCUAUGUCUUAAACGGUGCUUAGUUUGGGCGACCGUACGGUGCGAAGGUGCCGGAUCCGAUACCAUACCAAUCGCACAUAGGGUAGUAUACCCUGAGUGGCAUGGAGUGUAUUCUCACAGGGAAGUGGGCGCUAUAUAGCAUCAGAGCGGAAAAAAUAUCGGAGCUGCGGUUGUGCACUGACCAAAGGCGACUUUCAAUGAAAACCUGUGCCCAUCUUUUGCUUUCGUUCCUCCCCUCCCCUCCACUCAUUCAUCCGGGUUGCCCAUCCGCAGUCUCGUUAUGCACGCAACCUCAUCUGGCAUUCCGCGGAUGCCCUGAGGAUAGUGAUUCCAUGGUCCGUGGACCGGUUUUUCGAUUCUACCCAAGUAUAGUGUACCCUCAGGUACCCAUUAGUUUCCAAGCUGCGGAAUCACUGCGAGAGUGGCAUGUGUGUGGCCGCCAAACGGAAGAACUCAUUCGUGCAUCUUCGGUGUUGUACGUUGUGAUAGGAUGUGUACGCCGCAAUCGGGGUGAAAGGAAGGAAGGUAUUAUCGAGCCUGAGUGUGCUCGGUAUUCUGGGGUAGUAGACGACCGGUGAUGGUUACAUCACAUCGUAACCGCAAAAUGGUCUCCGACGGGACCAAGCACAGGGCACGUGUACGGGAAAAAAAUGACAAUAAUUAAUUAACUAUUGUUCCGAAAAAGGUAAUAUUAAAUUGGUAAACUAAUUGGCAAUAGAAAGAAUAAGACAAAAAUGCAUUACUUUAAAUGGCAACAAAAUGUUAUUUCCAAUUGGAG